CUUAUGAGAAUUCGUGAUACAAUCUGAAAUACCGACGUUGUAUAAAACCUUACAGGUCUCCUCCGUCUCCGUACAUACAUUUUAGCGCGCAAUGCAUAGUUGGAAAACUACAAAAUUGAAGCUUAUAAAAUAUGUUUAGCUUGUUAAAUUGAUUACAAAUUAAUUAUAAACUGUUUUCAAGUACCAUUUUAUGUAACAAAUUGUAUCCAAUUUAUCAAGGUACAAUGUGGUCCGUAUACAUAACAUCAUAUGCAGUAGUAACUUCUAUGUUGUAGUAAUAGUGAUUGAUAAUAUAGUGAAGUACAAAUCUGUUUGACAGAAAAUUGUUAGUAUGGCAUAUCCAGGAUCAAUGUAUGGAACAACUGAUUCCCAAUCACAAGUAUCUCCUGAAGUGCAACAAUGGUUUGCUGCUGUAGAUAGAGAUGGUAGUGGAAGAAUAACUGCUUUAGAAUUAAAAGCUGCUUUGGCAAAUGGACAGGGAGGAACAUUUUCAGAUAAUGCUUGCAAACUAAUGAUCGGCAUGUUUGAUAAAGAAAAAAGCGGUACAAUAGACCUAUUUGAGUUUCAAGCUCUUUAUAACUAUAUCAAUGCAUGGCUUGGUGUUUUUCGUGGUUUUGAUCGUGAUAAUUCAGGAAAUAUACAAGAAAGCGAACUUAAUGCAGCAUUAACACAAAUGGGAUAUAGGCUUAGUCCAGAAUUUAUUUCAUUUCUCAUCAAAAAAAGUGACCCUGAUGGUCAUUCUUGUAUUACUAUUGAUCAGUUUAUUGUAUUAUGUGUACAGAUCCAAAGAUUUACAGAAGCCUUUCGAGUAAGGGAUACUGACCAAACAGGAAGCAUUACUAUUGAAUUUGAAGAAUUUUUAGGCGUUGCACUUAGCUGCAGUACAUAGCAAUUCUUAUUUUUAACAAUUAUUGACUUCAGUAUGUUUAAUUUAGCCUAACCUGAUGUACUGUAGUUGCUUAUAACAUACUAUUAUAAUUCAAAGCUUAUUUUAUUAAGAUUUUUUAUCAAGUCAUAGGUGUAUAUUGCGAUAGUAUUAGCUGCAUAUUUUAUUAGAUAGCAAAUGACUUUAAUAUUUUCAGCAAACAGUAGAAUAAAAAUAAAAUAUUUAAAUUGUAUAUAACUUCUCGGUUAUAUACAUACGAUACUUAUUAAUUUAUUAUUUUAUUAAUAAUACUUUUUUCCAAGUAUAAAAAUCAGAAAUACUUCGUACUGCAACAGUCUAACGCACUUUGAUGGUAAUAACAGAUUCCUUUGGUAUCAAAAACUAUACCCCAUUACUCAUUGUCAGUCAGUGUCUCAAGGAACAGCAAGGAGAGGUUGAUACAGUUCUUCUCUCAACAAUAGAUAUGACGGCUUCACCACCAAAAGCGGGCCCCUGGCGUCGGUAUUGGGUCCACACCCCUUUGCACGCAGCUCAAAUAAAAGCCGGCACAGGGUGCAAACCCCAGUGUCGGCCACAUGCUAGGUACCCCAGAUGGGUACAUACAUUUCUGAACAUGAACAGUAUGGAAUAUCAAAUCCUAAGCUAGUUUAUAUGAACCAGACAUAAUAAAUAAUUUACUGAAAACGGUAAUGUUUAAAUUGUAUGUUUAAAGGAGGUAUUUUAUAAUUCUGAAACUAUUCUAACCUAUAUUUAUUUUUUAUAAAAUGUAAUAACUUAAGCUAUGUAUGUAUUGGAACAUGACAAUAGCAGCUAUUCAUACAAUAUAUGAUGUUACAUGAUCAGAAGACAGCUAAUUACAUAGAUGUUUUAAUGAAGCUAUAAAUGAUGAAAAGAAAGCUUGGAGUCAUGAUCCUGCAUUGUCACAUGCUAGACAGGCACAAGAAAGAAUUCAAGAGUUCAGCAGAUUGAAAAGGGCAAGGCAUCUUCUUGAUGCUAUUUCUGUCACAAAUGAAUUAUUGGCAGAUGGUUCAGAUGUAGAAAUAUUAAGCCUUGCUCCCACAAUAAUAAAAAGAUUGAAAUUCUUAGGAGUGUUUAGUACAUCUUUAGAGAAUUUCAAUGGAAGUACAGCAGCAUCAAUAUUGAAACCACAUACUGGUGUCUAUCAUUGCUGUACAUUCUGUUCAAGUGGUGGUAAAAAAGAAGCCAUUUGUGGAUGUGGAGGAACUAUGCCAGGUGGAUAUCAGGGAUGUGGGCAUGGUCACAUUGGACACCCUGGUGUUCAUCAUUGGUCUUGCUGUGGAUCAGUCUUGCAUCAUGGCCCUUGCUUAAUACUUCAAAAAUAUGUGCAUCAGCUGUUAAUAUAGCAUCAUUGGUUUGAAAUAAAUUUUAUUUUUUCAUGAA